AUGAAGAAUUUUUCGCAUUUCUCACGAAUUUCUUCUUUUGAGAAAAUAAUUAGAGUUACAGCCUGGAUAAAAAGGUAUAUUGACAACUGCAGAGAUAAAAACAGAACAACGUCAAAGAACUUAGAAAUCGAAGAAUUGAAUGCAGCUGAAGUCCUUGUUUGGAAAAUUGUGCAAAGGGUCUCCUUUAAAACAGAAAAGGAUAAACGCUUACGAAAUUUAAAACCAUUUGUUGAUUCAUCUGGUCUUUUAAGAGUAAAGUCAAGAAUAUUAAUGAGACAAGACUUCGAAAAUUUUAGAACACCUGUAAUCCUACCUCCUGAACAUCCAGUUGUCUCUAAACUGAUUAUGGAAAAACAUGAACAACAAAUGCAUUGCGGAACUCAGACUUUAAUGGCAAUGCUACGAGAAAAUUUCUGGAUUUUGAAAAGUCGUAAAACUAUUCGUAAAGUGUUGAAAAACUGCACUAAAUGUAGAAGAUUUGAUUCGAGGCCCUCCACGGUACAAUCCGCACCUUUGCCAAAAGGACCGUGUUAA